AUGAUUAUGAAUUUUACUCUGGGUUUUUUGAUGCUCUUGCAUGGAAGCAUUAUAGCAUCUCCGAUUUUACCUGAUAAUGUCGAUCCACCAACACCAUCACCGCAAGCCAGUUCAUCCAAUUCUAAUAGCAAUUUACAGCUUCACAACCCAAAUCCAAAUCCCAAUCCGAAACCAAAUCCCAAAUCCAAAUCAAAGCCAAAUCCAAAUCCCAAUCUAAGGUCAAAUCCAAAUCCAAGACCAAAUCCCAAUCCAAGACCAAAUCCAAAUUUGAGAUCAAAUCCAAAUCCCAGACCAAAUCCCAGUCUAAAUCCAAAACCUAACCCAAGACCAAAUCCAAAUUUGAGAUCAAAUCCAAAUCCCAGACCAAAUCCCAGUCUAAAUCCAAAACCUAACCCAAGACCAAAUCCAAACCCCAAUCCCAAAUCAAAGCCAAAUCCAAAGUCAAAUCCAAAACUGGGAUCAAAUCCAAAGCCAAAUCCCAAUCUGAGACCUAACCCAAGACCAAAUCCCAAUCUCAAUUCGAAACCAAAUCCUAAAUCAAAGCCAAAUCCAAAUCCAACCCCUCAAGCUUCUUCGUCAAAAUCCCAAUUCCCUGUCUUUGUAGGCAGAAACGUUGAAGCCUAUUUAAGCUAUGGAUCCGUGUUGAGAAAUCAAGGUGUUUCAAUCGUUCAUACAGCACUCUCACUCAAACUUCAGCUGCUUAAACUCCAAAAAAAGUUAAAAAAGUGCCUAAAAGAAUUGGAGGCUGGUGCAGAGUCCGAUACUAAUGCAGACAGUGAAUCCGAACAGAGUGCCCAGAUUAAAGAACGUGAUGCUAAACAAUGCAAUGACAUUCAAGUAGAGAUAGAACUAUUGGAAAUGGAAAUCAAAUCUAAAACAAAAAAAGCAUCCGACUAUAUCGAUGAAAGCAACUACAUUCUCGGUAAAGUUCUGGAGGAUUAG